AUGGCUUCAAGUAUUCUUAUGAGUAAUUCCAAACAAAAUUCUAAUUGUGUUCCAGCGUCUCCGGACGUUGGUCUCUUGUCCACAAUUACGAAUUCGAAACCGAAUCCAACUUCGAAUUCAAAUUGUACUUUGGUGACCGAGAACCAAGCUCUCAAAGUGACAAAUUUGACCCCUGAUGUUGCCUCUCUUCGCACCGAUGUCAAGCCACUCUCCACUACCACGAACCCAGCACCACCUCUCCACGUGGUCAUCCCACCUUCGAAACCUAUGAUCCUUGUGAAGGAAGUCUCGCUUCCAUCUCCUUCGAGUUCUCACUCGAGUACUUCUUCCGACUUGAGUAGGAAGGAGGCCGCCAAGAACCAUGAGGUUCGAGUCUGCGGCUGGAAGGAGUGCAAAGCCAUAGCCAGAUCGCUCGCCGAGGCGUUCAGGAAUGACGAAGUGUCUUUCUACUGGCUCAGAACCGAUGAUGCUACUCAUCGAUCUGAAACAGAUAUAUGGAAGCUACAUGUCAAGGUGUGCGAGUACGUUGUUGCGGCCCACUGCAUGCAUGGCCUUGUCUUAAGUAUUGGCGAGAACCACGAGGGCGUCGCCCUAUGGAUGCCACCAGGAAAAGACUACGACGACGUUUGGUCGAUCUUUCGGAGCGGUAUGUGGAGAUUAUACUAUCAGCUUACCAAAGAAGGCCGAAGAAGAUAUUUCACGGAAACUCUGGGACUCGCUGCUGUUACCAAGUAUCUACCACUGGACAGAUUGCCACUGAAUCUGCUCUGGCACCUUUCCCCAUUCCUCUGUCCAACGCUUAGCGUUUCAUGUUGGACCGGUAUCUAA